AUUAAUGUGUAAAUAUAUAUAGACAUUAGACCUUCUAGAGAGUUCAGUUAAAUGAAAAAGAGAUAUUUCUUUCUCUCUCUUCGUCUCCAUAGUUGCUAGGGAUUACAUGGAAGAAGAGGAGGACGAAAAGGAAGAAGAUGCUAAAAAGGCGCUACAUUCAAAAUGCAAAUACGUGGAAGAGGAAGAAGAUGAGGAGGAGGAGGAACAUAAAGAAGAGAAUGAAAAGGCUGACAUAUUUAAGAAAAAUGCAUCAUGUUCAAAAGGGCAUGCGCCGUGAUGACGGAAUCCUACUCGUCCACCAGUUUCUACGUGAUUGUUGAUCCCUCCGUCAUUGACGAUCGUCAACUUCGCAUACCAGACACAUUUGUCCAGAAGCAUGGAGACGAACUCCUUGAUACAGUCAAGCUUAUAGUUCCCACUGAUGAUUUCUGGUGUGUGGGUGUGAAAAAGACUGGUAAAAUGUUUUGGCUUCAUGAUGGUUGGCACGGAUUUAUGGAACAUCAUUCUGUGGGCUGUUGGUACUUUUUACUCUUCAAAUAUGGACAGAACUCAUGUUUCAGUGUCCACAUAUUUGACCUAGCCGCUACUGAGAUUGAUUAUCAAUUUAGAAGUCAUGGUAACGCUAAAUUACGUGAUGUUGCUCAGGAUCUUUCUCACAGAAAGGAUAAAAUUGUUGGUGGCAAGAGCUCUGUUGAAAUUGUGGAUCUAUUGGAAACGGAGCAAGGACCAGAGAAUUCAGCUAAGUCAUCUGAACUUUCCCAUGGAGCCAAAAGACGUAAAAUGGCAUCUGGAAGGAUUAAGCAUUUGCGUUGCUAUGAAACAAGAGGCAAAGCAAAUAAAUUGUAUGAUGAUGAACAGCUGUUAAAUGGGGAGAAAUUAAAUAUAUCUGGCAUCAGUUUAACUGAGCCACUUGGGGCCAAUUUUGUUCGGCAAAGUAUGAAAGCUCCUAUACAUUCUGCAGCGGCAACUAGAGAUGCAAGGAUAUCAUUCACUGGUCAGCAAAGGGAGAAAUCUGUAUUGCAUGGAAGCACUGAUAAUUGUGGCAAAAGAGGACGACCAAGGGCUGCAGAAGCAAACAGGGCAACUAAUGCUGCCAAAAUGUUUACGCCAGAAAAUCCCCACUUCAUGACGACUCUUGGAGGUUAUAAUGUAUUAAGGAACCAUAUUCUGAAUAUACCAGCUGACUUUGUGCGAGAGCAUAUGCCAAAGACUUCAGGACUAAUUGAACUUCAAGAUUCUGAUGGAAAUAAGUGGAAUGUCCGUCGCAUCAGGAGGAAAAUGCGGAUGAUUUUAAGCAGAGGAUGGUUAGAAUUUGUUAGGGAUAAUAGUUUAGUGGUAGGAGAUGCUUGUGUCUUUGAGUUGAUCAAGGACCUUCAGGCUCAUAAACGUAUGCUGAAGGUGCACAUAUUUCGCUCUAGGGUGGAAGAGAAUUCAACAAAUUUACGCACUGGCAACAUAUCUGAACCAACCCGGUCUACUGGUAAAGACUGUACGCUUCAGUUCAAUGAAACUAAGCAUACAGAGAGUUCAGAUCCAUUCGAACCAGCAUCUUCAGAUAGAACCAAUCAUCAGACCAAUACAAAGAGCUCAUUCACCGGCCAGCAAUGGGAGAAAUCGGUGUUGAGUGGAAGCACUAAUAAUCGUCGCAAAAGAGGACGACCAAGGCUUGCAGAAGCGAACAGGACAAAUGAUGCCGCCAAAAUGUUUAUGUCAGAAAAUCCUUACUUCAUGGUUACUCUUGGAGAAUAUAACACAGUACGGAACUAUAUUCUGAAUAUACCACCUGGAUUUGUCCAAGAUUAUAUGCCAAAAACUUCAGAACAAAUUAAACUUGAAGAUUCUGAUGGCAAUAAGUGGAAUGUACAUUGCAUUAGGAGGAAAACGUGUAUGUUUCUAAGCAAGGGAUGGGUAAAUUUUGUUAGGGAUAAUGGUUUAGUGAUAGGUGAUACUUGUGUCUUUGAGUUGAUAAAGGACAUUCAGGCUGAUGAACUUAUGCUGAAAGUGCAUAUAUUCCGCAAGAAGGUGGAACAAAAAUAAAAAAAAUUGACGCACUUGUAGCUAUCUGAACAAGUAUGAGGCAGGUGAUAUUUGUUGGAACCUUGGCACCAUUCAUCUUUUUUUUUUUCCCUUCAGCUGGAACCUUGUAACUUUUAGUUGUUGACAUGUCCAUAGUAGAAAUGCAGAGGCUAUUUUCUUGA